AUGGCGGAUCCUGCCAACGCCCCUCCUCUCGAGCGCCCCUCAGUCAUAGCUGCGCAUGCGCUCAUCAAAGAAUACAUACACUACACACCCGUCCUUACCAAUACGACCCUCAAUGACCUAGCUUCUACACCUCAAUCUGCCUCUACCCUCGCUGGUACGCCGUGGGCAGGCCAAGAACCCACAAAGCCAAAGAUAAGAUUCUGGUUUAAAUGCGAGAAUUUUCAAAAAGUGGGGGCGUUUAAGGUGAGGGGUGCUUUCCAUGCCUUGAAGCGUCUGAUGGCAGAGCAAGCAUGGGAGGAAAUCUCGACACGAGGGGUCGUUACCCAUAGCUCAGGCGGGUUUGCUCUCAUCCCAUUGUCCCACCUCUUAAAAACAAUAUCUGACCGCAACCACGCACAAGCCCUCGCCCUCGCAGCCCGUACAAUGGGCGUCCCUGCACACAUCGUAAUGCCCACCAUAUCGACACCCUCCAAGAUAGCAGCCACGAAAGGCUACGGCGCCACAGUCAUCUUCUCUGGCUCGACCAGCACAGAACGCGAAGCGGUUGUCGAAGAUAUAAGAAAGAAGACUGGCGCAAGACUUAUACCGCCAUAUGACCAUCCCGAUAUAAUGCUCGGGCAAGGAACACUAGGGAUAGAACUUCAAGAACAAGUCUUGCAGAUGAAUGGAGGGGCGAAAGGUCUAGAUGCUAUCAUUGCUCCCUGUGGGGGCGGCGGUAUGCUUUCUGGCGUUGCUCUGAGUUGCGACGGGACGGGCAUACAAGUCUUUGGCGCAGAGCCUGAGUUUGAAGGUGCAGAUGACUGUAAACGUGGUUUGGAGUCGGGGAAACGCAUCGAGACCGUUAAAACUCUCACCAUCGCUGAUGGUUUGAGAACACCGGUGGGCGCGUAUCCCUGGACCGUCAUCUAUGAUCGGAAGCUGGUGAGGCAGAUGUUCAGUGUGACGGAGGAGCAGAUCAAAGCUGCGCUGCGGUUGGUGCUUGAGAGGAUGAAGAUGGUGGUUGAACCGAGUGCUGUGGUGGGCCUUGCUACUGCGCUCUUCAAUGAGGAUUUCAGAGGCAUUGUUGAAAGGGAGGCAGGUGAGAGGGGCUGGGACUUGGGGAUUGUGGUGAGUGGGGGGAAUGUGAGUGUCGAGGCUUUAGGGAAGACGUUUGAGGUGGGGCCAGCGAAAGCGGAAAGACAGGAGGCUAAGGUUGGAAAUGAUGGAGCGAAGGUUGCUGAGAAUGUUGCUGGUUGA